GAUUUACUCAGCAGCUGCAUCUGCACGGUAACUUUACAGUGACGGACCAGCUCCAGCGGUACACCAACAACUACACUUAUCCUAAGCACGCCAUUCUAGAGACAUGUGGAGGUGACAGACAUGUUGUCACACAUCAGAGAGACAACGUAUCUCUUCAGAGAUUCUUUAAGGAUGCGCAGUUGUAAAACACUGACUCAGGUGAAUCGCGCCUGCAGCACUCUGUUAACCGACAGCAGCAAGGGGGGUCUUGUCCUAUAUUCCCAGUCAACCGACAUAUAUGAGAACCUUUCCCUGGAGGACUGGAUUGAGGCCAACGUCGACCUGUAUCAACGCAACGUUUUGUUGCUGUGGCGUAACACGCCAGCCGUGGUUAUUGGGCGACACCAGAAUCCAUGGAAGGAGUGCAACCUGUCGCUCAUGAGGCGUUCUGGGAUAUGUUUGGCACGCAGACAGAGUGGUGGAGGGACAGUCUUCCAUGACCUAGGGAACCUGAACUUGACCUUCUUUGCUUCAAAGAAGGCGUACGACCGCCAGAGGAACCUGAAAGUCAUCACUGGGGCCCUGAAUUGUCUCCGGCCUGGACUAGAGGUUGAAGCUACUAAAAGAUUCGACAUAUUCCUGAAGGGGCACUACAAAAUCACAGGAAGUGCCUCUAGAAUUAGCCGUAAGUCAUCCUACCAUCAUUGCACCCUGCUGCACUCGUCCGACCACUCGGCCCUCUCCCCCGUGUUGCACUCCACCUGCCAGGGCCUCCACAGCAACGCCACGCCUAGUGUGCCCUCUCCUGUGACCAACUUGGUGGAUCAUGAACCCACACUGACAUGGAAGGAGCUACUAGAUGCACUGGCUGAUCAGCACAGUGCAGAAUUUGGCGGCAGUGCUGCAAUGAAUCUGGUGAAUCCGGCUGAUGAUGCUGCGUUUCCAGGUCUCGGCACCAAGUCUGCAGAGUUGCGAGCAUGGGACUGGAUCUUUGGAAAGACGCCCAAGUUCAGCGUUAAAACGAGACUUCAAAUGACAGACGAUAUUUCCUCAGCAGGACGCUCGAUCGAGCUGUGUUUAGAAGUGAAAAGCGGUGUGAUUGAGAGCUGUAGGUUAGAUGUUCCCACUGACUGGCUUCCACACAGUUUGACUAGUGAGCUGAGGGGCGUGCUAGAGGGAGAGCGAUUUUGUCCACAACGUACUGCUGCAGCUUUUUCGAUGCUGUUGCGAUGUGAGAGCGGUGAAAAGCAGGACAGACUGCGGAGACUUUGUGAUGCCAUAUUGGCUAUAAUGGGCGCACCAUAAAACGAUAUCCCCAUUGUUAAACAACAUUUUGGCUUUUGGGGGGACCAUUUACUGUGUCAAGGGGCACACCAUCCUCAAAUGAGUGAAAACCAAAUACAGUGGUGCCUUGACAUGCAUGUAUUUUUUUAAUUCUGUGACCACGCUUGUAACUCAAAACACAACAUGACAAUUCUUUUUUGUCCUAAGGCAGGGGUGUCCAAACUUUUUGCAAAGGGGGCCAGAUUUGGUGAGGUAAAAAUGUGGGGGGCCGACCUUGGCUGACGUCCUUUAGGUCGAACAAUAUUUUUAAGCAAAAUUUAGCAAGCAAUUCAGUGUGUCACAUUUAAUUUAUUAUUUUUUUAAUGAAUAAUUUCAACAAUCUCGCAACUAGCCUUUGCGGCGUUCUCUUUCGACUCUCGGGCUCUUGCGAAAUACUACUGCUGUGAAGUUUAACUUCAGGUUGCUUCAAUUUCCCGCUGCGUAUCUUCCCUGUAAUUUUGUCGUACAUGUCAGCGCGUCUUGUUUGGUAAUUACCUCGCAUUGAAAUUUUUAAAAACAGCGACUGUCUCUUUGCAAAUGAGGCAAGACACAGUUGUUACGUAUUUUAGUGAAGAAAUCUAUCAUCUAUCCUUGAAGCGUCGGCCGUCACAGUCAACUUUUUUUUGUUGAUUGUCGCCAUUUUAGAAAAUUGGAAGUAGAAGGUCACACGGAGUAUUGUUGCUUAGCCCUUAAAUACCUGCAACAUGAAGCAAUUAUCAGAGAAUCCCAAAAUUUGAAAAAUAAGGUCCUAAUGAAACCUUUUUUUUUCAAACUUGUGAAAAGAAAAGUCAAAAUGAAUAUGUGUAAUAAGCGCUCUAAUGUCUAUAACCCAUGCUAAAUCAUGUUUUUUUUCUCAUGGAACCUGCAGAUGCAUGUGUUGACUUGCAUCCAUAAUUUUUUUUGUUUUGUUUGUCAAAAACAAAUGUCAAAAUUAUAAAUUGGUCUGAAAAUCAUGAAAUUUUAGGUGUAUCAAAUGUGAUACAUUUGGCAAUAAAGGGUUCAAGUGCUGCUGCCUUUUAGUGGGUAAAUGAGGAGCAGCAUUUCGUGUGUAAGCUACUUCAUAUGCUGGUUGCAGUACUGCUGACCAAUUUAUUAAGUCUGUGUGCGGGAGAUGUUAUUGAUUUUAUGACAGAGGCUGGGGGCCGGAUGAAAUUUAACCACGGGCUGCAUUUGGCCCCCGGGCCGGACUUUGGACAUGUCUGUCCUAAGGCAUAACUAUCAUAUAUUCAGUCACCUCAGUUGCUCAUGCAGGAUUGCUUUAAUCCAACACUGGAGUGUUUCAAGCAUGAACGAUGUUUGUAAAUUCAUGCCAAGUCUGGAUUUUAACUCUUUCAGUUGCGUUUCCCUGCCUUUAAAAUAACCCAUCACAUUUUUAAAUAACCUUUGAUGUCAUUUAAAAAGGUUUGCAAGAAAAUUUGUAUUUGAAAACGCCCAGAAUGUUCUUUUUCAAGCUAUUUUAAUUAGUCCUUUCUGCUUGCCUCUACAAACAGAUGCUUUCUCAUUAUGUAACUGACAGGUUAGAAUUUGAAUAUUAAAUAUUUGAUGAAUGAAUGCAUUUAAUGUCUUGGUUCUGAUUGGCUGUUGGCAUUUGGGUGUGUUGAUGGAAAAGUGUAUCCGUGCCAGCAACAGGCGGAAGGCAAGGCAAUUUUAUUUGUUUAGCAGAAUUCAACAGAA